CCACGUUCAGCCGCUCACGGGGAGCGUGCAAUCUGGUUCACAUGCGCUGCACUUUCCAACACCCGCCCUGAGGCCUGCACUGCCUGCUCAGCGCUCCCAGAGCCAUGAGGCCCCGCAAGAAGUCCAAGCCAAACGCCGCGGCGCCCGCCGACGACAGCACUGCCGAGGUCCCCGCCGCCAGCAGCACCAGCAACACCAGCAGCACCAGCAGCACCAGCAGCACCACGGGGCCAAGCACCGGCGCGUUGGAGGCGAGCACAGUACCGCACGAGGCCGCUGCGAGCCAGCCUGUGUCUGAGCCUGCCGCAGUAACAGAUGGCGCGUCCACGCCCACGACCGCAGGCACACAGACACCGAAGAGUGGGCGGAGAUGGCUGGGCGGCACAGGCAGCUGGCGGUCAAAGGCGCCGGCUGUGGUGGAGACGGCGCAAGAGACUAUCGGCAUCAGCGUCAGCGGGGGCGCGACAUCUGAACUGCCCAAGGAAGGCGCGAAGAAGCCCAACAGCGACUCCCCCGUGAGGUUUUUGACCAAUCGCAAGUCGAGCAAGAGCCUCGCCCUGCCGACAUCGACGACCAAGAUCACCGCCUCCUCUGACGGCUUGGUGGAGGAAGCGGAGGUCCCCCCAGCCAAGAGGGCUGAGGAGGCGCCUGCACCAGAGACAGCGUCACGCGGAGACGAGGCCCCGCUGCCGCCCGAGCCCGCGCAGCCGCAACAAGUAGCAGGCACUUGGGGAUGGACGAGCUGGUGGUCGCGGCCUGAUGGGUACACAGACGCGGCGAAGGCUCAGAGUGCGGGGCAAGAGAGUGUUGCAGUGGCAUCAAGCACCCCACUGCCUGGACCUACACCUUCCGAGGAACCAGACGCAGCGACGAAGGGGCUGGACGGCGCACUAGCAGGUGGUGAGGCCACAGAUGUGGUGAAGAAGGACGACGCACCUGCUGACAUGGCGCCCUCGGAGAGCACGGAGACGAAAGAUCCGCCGGCAGCGACUGGCAAGCCGACAACGCGGAACACAGCAAGUGGCUCGUGGUUCUGGCUUUGGAGCAGUGCUCAGAACGUUCAAGCCAACUCUCCUCCGCCGCAGCAACCCGCCAAAGACUUCUUCACUCCGAACACGUACUCAGACCAAGCCACAGAGUUAGCGCCGCCGCCAGAGUCAACAGAACCCCCGACAGAGACACAGCCCACAGUGCAGCCAGAAGCGCCAACAGUGCAGCCGGAAGCGCCGCUGCCUGCUGCUGCUCCCGCAGAGACCGCACCAAAACCGCCAAAGGGACAGGCCAAGGCCUCAGGGUGGGCUUUCUGGUAUCGCGAGCCAGCCACAGAGAACAAGCCUGCGGAAGGCGAGGCGCAGAAGCAUGUUGGCGAAGUGGCCGUCUUCGAUACCCCAUCACAGUCUCAUCCAGAGGCGGCUCAGUUCAACGAGCAGGAGCAGCCCAAGACGGACGCACCAGAACCGGCGAAGCAGCCACCGAGAUCAAGAGAGUCCAUCGUAAAAAAGUCAUUUGGCUCCCUCCGAGGGCGGUCGAGGAAGAAGGCAACCUCCCAGGAUCUUUCCAGCGAAACAGGGACAGAUACACCAACGCCGAGCGCGCCGGUUACGCCCACCAAAUCUUCGCCAGAGCGGGAGCAGACUCGCACUCAAGCAGCUCCAGCCGCACAGCCAGCACCAAAGCAGGCGGCAAAAACAAAGCAAGAGCCGUCGAACCUCAUCCUCCCCGAGUUCAAGUCCACAUACCGCCUCGCUCAGCAGCCGAGCUUCUGGAAGCAGGUGCGCCAAUACUUUUUGGGCGGCGAGCCCGCGACUCCUCACCUGCACAUCAAUCCGGCACCACCACGGAUAAAGAAAGCCGUUGCCAUAGGUGUCCACGGCUUCUUCCCUGCCCCGAUCUUUCAAAGAAUCAUGGGCCAGCCUACAGGCACAUCGAUACGCUUUGCCAAUGCUGCGGCUGCGGCUAUCAAGGAGUGGUCCGAGGCUCGCGGGUACUGUCCAGAGAUUGAGCAGGUUGCUUUGGAGGGCGAAGGCUUCAUUGCUGAGAGGGUGAACACAUUGUGGAAGCUGCUACUUAACUGGAUCGACCACAUCAAGGGAGCUGACUUCAUUCUCGUUGCAUGCCACUCGCAGGGUGUGCCCGUGGCGAUGAUGUUGGUCGCGAAGCUGAUACAGUUUGGCUGUGUCAACGCCACACGCAUCGGCGUCUGCGCGAUGGCAGGAGUCAACAUGGGCCCCUUCAUCGAGUACAAGACAAAAUACUUCGGCCCCACAGCUGCCGAGCUUUUCGAGUUCUCGGAUCCCAAGAGCUUGGUCAGUCAAAUGUACCUCGCCGCUCUGGACGAGGUGCUCCGCUUCGGCGUACGAAUCCUCUACGUCGGCAGCAUCGACGACCAGCUCGUCUCGCUCGAAUCAUCGACCUUCUCCACCCUCUCGCACCCCUACAUCUACCGCGCCGCCUUCGUCGAUGGCCGCAUCCACGCGCCCGACUUCCUCACGCACCUUGUCGGCUUCGUGCUCAAACUGCGCAACCUUGGGCUUCCCGACCACGGCCUGAUCCGCGAACUCUCCCCUGCGCUCGCGGGGAGCCUGUACGGCGGCGAAGGACACUCGCGUGUCUAUGAGGAUCCAAGGGUGUAUCAUCUUGCUGUUCAACAUGCACUUGAGACUACGUCCCUGCCGGUGCCGCCGCAUCAGCGUACGGGCAGUGGCAGUAGCUUCCAGGGCAUCAACAUACCGGUGGUUGGCGAGAAGCUGGCCAACAACUCGGUGGCGAAGCAGGAUGUGUAUAAGCUCAGAGUGAAGGAUUAUGAGGCGCCUGCUACUGCGGCGACACAGAAUCCGUAUUUCCUGCCGUGGGCGAUGCGCGGCUUGUUGGAAGAGGAAUUCGUGAAGAAAGAGCUGGGUGAUGAAGUGGAAGAGUUGCUGGCUAUGUUUGAGGAUUGGAAACCGACUGCGAAACAACUGAAGGAAGUCAAGUUUCGGUUGGAGGCUGUGAGGAGUAAGCUUUGAGGGCCGAGUCUUCAUGACCAUGAAGCGUGUUAGUGAGCAACGCAUGGCAACGAGGGCGUUCAGAAAUGAUGUUGGCACCGGCGUAUUUGAUCUUCAAUACCAUGGUUCGGUCAUUUGUUCGUAGAUACGUAGAUGU